ACAAAACAACUGUGGGUGUCUAACUCACCGUUCUUGAAAAAAACUUAAAAUAAUAUAAAAAAUAUAAAAGCAACAAAAUCUUAAUAAAAAAACAUUUACUCAAAGAAAAAUAAACGUUUACUUAAAAAAAAAAAAAGCAAAAUAUUAAUAAAAAAAAAAAAUACUAGAAACGGGAGGUCUCGGGCUUUACCCGAAGUUGGCGUUUACCAAAGGAAGAGUUACUUCAGAAAAGAUCAUUUAUAUCGUGAUUUUUCAGGUUUGACCUUUUUCUCAUUAAGCUGGACCACAGAGCCUGCUGUCUCAUUAGUUGGGAGAAUUGAAGCGCAGUUUCGGACUCUGAAUACAGCUAAUACCGGCUUUUUUUUUUUUCUGGCGUUUUUUGAGCGAAGCCUGGAACUCAUUUCUAUUGUGAACCCCGAGAUAUGAACACAGAAACCGGGAGUUAUCCGAUGGCUUCCCUCUACGUUGGCGACCUGCACCCCGAUAUCACGGAGGCUAUGCUGUAUGAGAAAUUCAGCCCAGCUGGACCGGUGCUCUCCAUUCGGGUAUGCCGUGACAUGAUCACCCGGCGAUCCCUCGGAUACGCUUAUGUGAACUUCUCUCAACCCGCUGACGCUGAGAGAGCCCUGGACACCAUGAACUUUGACGUGGUGAAAGGGAAGCCAAUCAGAAUCAUGUGGUCCCAAAGAGACCCUUCCCUCAGGAAGUCUGGAGUGGGCAACGUGUUCAUCAAGAACCUUGACAAGUCCAUUGACAACAAAGCCCUGUACGACACCUUCUCUGCCUUUGGCAACAUCCUCUCCUGCAAGGUGGUGUGCGAUGAAAAUGGCUCCAAAGGCUACGCUUUUGUCCACUUUGAGACCCAGGAUGCUGCUGAUCGUGCCAUUGAGAAGAUGAAUGGCAUGCUUCUGAAUGACCGCAAGGUGUUUGUGGGACGUUUCAAAUCUCGCAAGGAACGGGAGGCUGAACUCGGUGCCAAAGCCAAGGAGUUUACCAAUGUCUACAUUAAGAACUUUGGAGAUGAGAUGAACGAUGACCAGCUGAAGGAGCUUUUUGACAAAUAUGGUAAAACACUCAGCGUGAGGGUGAUGAUUGACCCGGCCGGUAAAUCCAGAGGCUUUGGAUUCGUUAGUUACGAGAAUCAUGAGGACGCUAACAAGGCUGUGGAGGACAUGAAUGGCACCGACCUCAACGGCAAGACUGUGUUUGUGGGCCGGGCUCAGAAGAAGAUGGAGCGGCAGGCGGAGCUGAAGAGAAGGUUUGAGCUGCUGAAACAAGAGCGGAUCAGUCGUUAUCAGGGUGUUAAUCUUUACAUUAAGAACCUGGAUGACACCAUAGAUGAUGAGAAACUGCGCAAGGAGUUCACUCCGUUCGGGUCUAUAACAAGUGCUAAGGUGAUGCUAGAGGAGGGUCGCUCCAAGGGCUUCGGCUUUGUCUGCUUCUCCUCCCCCGAAGAGGCCACCAAGGCCGUGACUGAGAUGAACGGACGCAUCGUUGGCUCCAAACCCCUCUACGUGGCUCUCGCUCAGCGCAAAGAGGAGCGCAAAGCCCACCUCACCAACCAGUACAUGCAGCGUAUUGCCGGCAUGAGGGCCAUGCCGGCUAACGCCGUCGUCAACCAGUUCCAGCCCGCCAGUGGCUACUUCAUGCCAGCUGUGCCUCAGGCCCAGAAUAGGACUACAUACUAUGCACCCAAUCAGCUGGCCCAAAUGCGACCCAACCCCCGCUGGCAGCAGCAAGGCGGCAGAGGUCAAGGUGGUUACCAAGGGAUACCCAACUCGCUGCGUCAGCCAGGACCCCGUGCCAACCUGAGACACAUGAGUCCUGGUGGUGGCGGCACACAGGGCCCCCGAGCCUCCGGCCAGGCCAUGGCUACCCGUCCCUCCAUGGGAGCCCCCGGCCCCCGGGCCAUGCCUCCUUACAAAUAUGCCACUGGUGUCCGUAACCCCAACCCCCAGGGGGUGCAACCUAUUGCCUUACAGCAGGCUCAGCCAGCCGUGCACGUUCAGGGCCAGGAGCCUCUCACGGCCUCCAUGCUGGCUGCUGCGCCCCCUCAGGAGCAGAAGCAGAUGCUUGGUGAGCGUCUUUUCCCGCUGAUUCAGUCCAUGCAUGCCAACCUGGCAGGAAAGAUCACCGGCAUGCUGCUGGAGAUUGACAACUCUGAACUGCUGCACAUGCUGGAAUCCCAUGAGUCUCUGCGCUCAAAGGUGGAAGAAGCCGUCGCAGUGCUACAAGCCCACCAGGCAAAGAAAGAUGCCACUCAAAAAGUGGGCAGCAUAGCCACUACUGUUGCUGCUGCCACAUCCUGAAGACUGCCUGCUGUAUUGAAUUGGGCACAGAAAAAUGAGCAGAGGUGCAGAGAGACACACUACACUGACUCCUCUGAAGAAUCAGAAAAAAGGAAGAAAAAAACAAAGGAAAAUAUAAUUUAAAAAAUAUACUAAAAUAAUAUAAAAUAUCACAGUUCAUAAUUUUCUAGUUCUAUAAAACUUUUAAACUGCAUACCAAAAGCUAUGAUGCAAAUCGUUGAAUGAAGGUCCUUCAUUUUGUGGCAAAGGAGAGAAACCGUUCUUCUAAAGUAAAUAUGAGCCUUCUUCUUUUUCUUUGCUUGAAAGUUUAAUGUUUGAUUUGAAAUGAUGGACUCUUCCAUCCUAUCAUGGUAUCAUGGGUGUGUGGUAUUCUCAAUAAAAGGAUGAUAUAUCAAGGUU